AUGGGUACAAGCAACUUCUCUUCAUCAGAGGAGAUCCGACUGGACAAGAAAAGAGACGGAGAUGGAGAUGGAAACGAAACAGAGAGAAGACUUUCUCAACCUCGGAAGCGCGAAAAAUCGGCGGGAAAGAGGAUGGACCGACUGCGACGGAGCUUUCGCGAUAGCUUCCGACGGCGAAAAGAUCCCCACGUACCGGAAUCGAGUAAGCCGCAUCAAUGGCAGGCAGAUGAAACGGCUGUUCGCUCAGCUACCUGCGCUUUCCACGUUAAGAAUUCGAGACGGCGGCCUGUACGAGCGGUGCUGCACGUAUCGGGGGACGGUUUGCGGGUGGUCGAGGACGAGACAAAGGGACUGAUCGUCGAUCAGACGAUAGAGAAGGUUUCCUUUUGUGCUCCGGAUCGGAAUCACGAGAAGGGGUUCAGUUACAUCUGUAGAGACGGCACGACCAGACGGUGGAUGUGUCACGGUUUUCUGGCGUUGAAGGAAUCGGGAGAGCGUUUGAGCCACGCGGUGGGUUGCGCUUUCGCUGCCUGUCUGGAAAGGAAGCAACGAAGGGACAAGGAAUGCGGCGUCACCAUGACGUUCGACUCGAAGACGUCAACGUUCACCAGGAGCGGCAGUUUCAAGCAUCCGUCUCUGACCGAACGUUUGCAGGAUUCGCGCGAGCGUGCCGUAGACGUACCUCCCAUGAAACAAGUCUACAAUCCUUUCGCGAUCGAGAGACCGCACGCCACCCCCUCGAUGCUCGAGCGACAAGGCUCUUUCCGCGGCUUCACGCAGUUGAACCAAGCGUCGCCGUUCAAAAGACAGCUUAGCUUACGGAUAAACGAUCUUCCCAGUAAUUUCGAACGCACACGUAGCCACAGCCUCGAGCCGACGGACUUGUCACGGAUACCGUCUGCCAUGUCUCACAUCGUACCUUUGAAGCCACCAGUCAGUCCGAUACCUGAAAUAUCGCCUGGUGGCCAAGACAGUGUGUCAGCGAUGUGUCAGCAGCUUUCACAAGGGCUUUCUCUUCUUUCAAGCAGCGAUGACUUUGGACCAAUUCCUACGCAGAGCAGUACAAGCUCUGUUGCUAAGCAACUGUUCGGUAGCACCACCGCUAACAAAACUCCACCAGUGACGAGCAGUAACUCCUUGGACGAGUUGAAGCUACAAAAUGGCCCGAGCCUGAACAACAACAACAACAACAACAACAACAACGACAAGAACGAUGAUCUCAGUAAUUUGAACCACGUCGGACCUAGCUGGCAGGAAGCUUCAUCGCCCGUUCUGGGUUCGAAUCACAGGCUCACGCCGAUUCUGAACCGAGCCAGUAACCUUAGCCCAAUCCUUCCAAGGACGAACGCGCCCUCACCGAUAGUCAUGAGCACUCCCGCACCAAUCACUACCGUCGGUGUCUUCGGGACACCACCUUCGGCCAGCCCGGCCUUCAGCACCGCAUCCACGUCUUCCUUAGGGAACGCGUCCACGACAGCUGUGAAUAGGUCGUCGAUACCAGCAGUGACUUCCGCGAUAACUCCGAAAACAAGUUCACCGACCACCAGCGUGGCGUCCGUCUCUCCGGCUCUGUCUGGCAGUAUUAUCAACGAUACCAGCCAAAUUAGCCAAACUCCAGUGCCCAACACUAUUCCCACACCAGCGGUGCAGCCAGUUCCAACGACAGCCACGUUGCCGAAACCAGAGCAAUGGCUAGGUAGUAUAACCAGUUCGGUGCCAUCCUCAGUGCAAUCUCCUCUCCAAGGGCAAACGAGUCCUCGACGAGCGCCACCGCUUCACGCGCGGGCCUUGUCACUCGGUUCAGCAGCGAUGGGACAAGCUACCAGGACCGGGCCCUCGGACCCCUUCGACGCGGAAUGGGCAGAGAUAGCGGCGAGAAACCUAAGGCAAGCGAGCACGACGAACCCCUUCAUAAUGCCAAACGCCACCCAAGCGUUCCAGGUACAAUUGUAGCGCCAGGAGUUCGUCAACAGCGUGGCCAAGUACUUCCGUUCGAGUACAUAGUGAUGACUGCACGUCCCUUCUCCACGCUUCGAUCUCUCGCAUGACCGGAAGUAUUACACGUAGAAAGUCGCGAGAGACUCAAGAAAGGAAAGAAGAGAGUAUACUCUGGUCGGACGAGACAUUGUAGAGUACAGUCCAAGCAUCGUGCUUGGAUGUAACGAAGAUCCUCGAAGAGGAAACGAAGAGGUGCGAUCUCGAAGAGAUAUGUUUAGUAGCAAUGAUGAUAUAGCAGCAAAUGAGCACAAAACACGUACCCGCAAAGAAGCGUUGUUGUUUUUUUUUCUUUUUUUUUUUUU